ACCCAGAAACAAUCGCCGAGAAACAUCGAGCGGACAGCAUCGUCCGAGACAGUUCUGUAAACUGAGGAGGUGGAGGAGGAGGAAGAGGAAGAGGAAGAGGAAACAAGUUCUCUCUAGUUCGGGAGGGGGGGUUGCCGUUAAUCCUCGUGCCGUCGAUGCGAUGCCUUCCUCCCCAUCGUCAUCGUCGUCCAUCUAGCUACGUCGCCAACUUUUGGAUUUGGAUUCUUUCUUCUCGUCAGAUCCCAUCUUCUGGUCUCCGUCCUCUGUAGAGUUCAAGUUGCAAGGGAGAGACGUUGUGAGAGCGAAGCGCAGGCAGUAGCUCAAACAGGGUUUACUGCCGAUCCAUUCCGGAGGGAACCGCGGCGUACAUCGUUAUUGAAAUAAUGAAGAGAGAAGCUGAUGCAGGCGCUAUGACAGGUUCUGGAGGACCGACGAGUCCUCACAAGCGUUACAGACAGGGUGACGAUGAACUUCGUCUUCUGAUCCCCAGCAAGGUAGCCGGUUCGAUAAUCGGCAAGGGUGGCCAGAAUAUCACCAAACUGAGGAGUCAGUACAAAGCCUCAAUCAUUGUACCCGAUUGCCCCGGACCCGAACGGGUGCUUACCAUCAGCUCGGAUCUGCCCACCGUACUCCAAGUGUUGAACGAGGUCGUACCUAAUCUCGAGGAGGUGAGUGUUGCUACCAGAAGAGGAUCACACGGGAAAAGAAAUGACUCAAUCAACGGAUCUCGACACGGGAGCGACGAGAUCGACGUGCGCAUGCUGGUGCAUCAGAGCCAAGCCGGAUGCAUAAUCGGCAAGGGAGGUUUAAAGAUCAAGGAGCUUCGCGAGAAAACUGGGGCAAGGAUCAAGAUUUAUUCUCACUGCUGUCCCCAUAGCACUGACCGGCUGAUCAGCAUCUGCGGAAAACCGACCACUUGCAUCGAGUGCAUUCGCGAGCUGAUCGCCACUAUUAAAACCUCGCCUCUGAAGGGAGUGAACAACCCUUACGAUCCGCACAACUUCGACGACUAUUACGCGGACGACUACGGCGGCUAUGGGACCGGCGACGGCGGCCAAGGGAAAGGGGGUGGCUUCGGGGGUCCUGGGGGGCGCGGCGGUGGCGGAGGCGGCGGCGGCGGCGGGGGUAUGCCACCCCGACGCGACAACCGCGCUGGGCCGGGCGACAUGAACCGCGGGUUCCCGCCGCCACCGAGAGGUGGGCCGCGCGGGGGAGGCGGCGGAGGCGGUGGCAUGUCUGGCGGGCCGCCUGACCGUGGCUACGGGGGCAACUCUCGCGGAGGAGGCGGGGGUGGAGGGUACGAAGGCGGACGAGGCGGAUACGGCGGCAAUAGGGGUGGCCCGCCCCCGUACGCCGCUGGAAAUUACAAUGGUGAUGGAUGGGGUAUGCAAGGAGGCGCGCCAAACGGUUUGGGUGGCGGUGCUAACUCGGGAAUGAGCGGCCCACCUAUGGGUGGCAAUAAUCAAGGAAAUCAGGGCAACAUGGGUGGAAAGACCACCACUCAAGUCACCAUUCCUAAAGACCUUGCUGGGGCAAUUAUCGGCAAGGGAGGCGCCAGAAUUCGAAAAGUAAGAUCAGACAGCGGUGCUGGAAUCACUAUAGACGAACCGUUGUCUGGAAGUAACGAUCGCAUUAUCACUAUAACCGGAUUACCAAGUCAGAUACAAAUGGCUCAGUACCUGCUUCAGCAGAGCGUGCACGAGAAUGCAGACCAUUAUUAGGACGUGGUGUAAAGAGGAAGCAUUCGGGGGGAGCCAAAGAUGCGUUUAUAAUUUUUUUAGGGAUACUUCUUCGCGCGAAAAGUGGAGACCGAUUAAAAGCGACGAGAACUUUUUCAUCGAGAGAGAAAAAAAAAAAAAAGAAACAAUAUAAUAUCACACACUUGGCGUUUCUCCUUAUGCGUUGCAAGACCAAAAAAAAAAAAAAAAAAAAAAAGAGAGAGGAAAAGAGGAAAAAAAAAAAAUAAGGGAAAAAAUUUCCUAUUAUAUAAAUAUUAAUCGGUCGAAGCAAAAAAAAGCAAGGAGAGACAGUCUACUCUACAGACUUUUUCCAUUCGAUUCUAUGGAUUUAUGAGCAAGAAAUGCUCACCUGCCUGCUUUCACGAGUCGAGAAACAUGGAAUUGGCAUUCGAGGGGCAAUACCUCCUCGUACAAGAAAGGCCAAAGAACAGCACUAUUUCUACGCCUGAGAUCGUUCUCGAUCUUGCGCAUUUUUUUCUCUUUUUUUAGUUGUUUUUUUUUUUUCCCCCAAUCAUUUUAUAUCACGUGCUUUUCUCCACAGCUCUGGACGAGCUUUGAUAUGAUCAUUUUUUUCUUCUUUUAUUUCCCAUUCGUUUUAUUUCCUUUAUUGUUUUAACUAAUCCCCCCCCCCCCCCCAAAAAAAAAGAGUCCCUAUCGAAACGCACAUUGUUCUCUGUUCCCUCUUUUCUUCGCUGUUUUGCUGCGGAAACAUUGCGAAAUUUGUUCUUUUAUUCGUGGCAAAUCGUAAAAAAAAAAGGAAAAAAAAGAAAAAAAAAGAAAAAAAAAAGAAAAAAAAGAAAAGAAAUUCAUGAAUUUUACAUGUUCAAGUUUCUGACAGCUGAAGGUGAAAAGAUCGAAAAGUUUAAAUAUCAAUGGAAAAAUGUAGCGAUAAAAUCGAAGGAAGGGAGAGAUUAUCGAGUGAAUUGAAAAAGAGCAGAAACGACGAGAGAACUAAAUCUAUAAAAAAAAAAAAAAAAGAAAAAAAAAAUAUCGACUCAUUAUAAUAUGCGGUACUUUUUGUAUAUAACAUAUUACUUUACUAAAACAAAAAAAAAAAAAAAAAAAAAAAAAAAAAAAAAAAAAAAGAAAAAAAAAAGAAAAAAAAAUAAGAGAAAAGAAAUCGUUAACGAUAUCAUUUCCCUUUCCUCAAUCGCUGCCCGCCACCCGUCUAUUGCUGCAUUAUCUUUAAUUAUGACUUAACUGUCGUACGAUUAAGAAGAGUAAUUUUGCAUUGAUCGUAUACUUAUCAAUUUUACCGAUCGAGCGCGUAAAAAGUGUUCGUAAUCUCUUUUUCUGCGAUGUAACUGUUAAGCGUGUAAGAAUUCUAAUAAUAGAGAGUGAUAAACUACUAAGCUAUUAUACAAGGCAACUCUGUUUUGGAAAUAUCGCUAUAUAGUACGAGAUGUUGAAUCAAAAAGAAAAACUUGCAACGAAGUCUGAGGAUGUUUUUUUUUUUUUUUUUUUUUUUUUUUUUUUUUUUUUUUUCUCCCUAGAAAAUAGGUAACGCGCGUUUAACCGGAAAAGGACGUAAUUUGGUUUCUAAGUAAUAAGAAUGGCCAAUGGUAUUAGAAAUUAUAUUGCGUAUAUAUAUACAUCACUUCUAAGAACAUAAAUAUAUAUAUAUAUAUAAAAGGAAAAAAAAAAGAAAGAAAUCACACGUUAUGAUCAUCUGCGAGAAGACAGAAGAAGAAGAAGACGAAGACGAAGAAGAAGAAGAAGAAGAAGAAAAAGCAGCUUAAUGGGAAGAAAGUUUUAUUACUUAUAUGUAUGGAUCGAAAUAUUUAUAAAUUAAACAUUUAACAAACAUCGAACAUCAAGUUCGAACUUUCAAAAGUGAACACCGUAAUGGUCUCUUCGCGCGGGUCGUUCGAAGCAGAGUCUUCUUACAAGAAAAAGCAAAGAAAUUCGUUGGUAAAUUAAUACUAGCCCGAAGUCAAUCCUGUUUGCAUCUUCUCGAGCUCUGCAAAUAAUUCAUCUUGUUUCCACUGAAACUUUUUUAUAUAUACGGUUCGGUUCAUCGGCGAUAGGACGUAACAAGAGUGUUCUCUUUUUGGAGGUUGCAAACUUGAACAAGCGCGCGGGCGCCAAUUUUAAAUAAUAGAGAUUUAUCGCAGAUGAGGAAGAGAAAAAAAAAAAAAAUAAGACAAUGAAAUAAUAGAGAAGAAUCGAAAAGCCGCCCUUAAAAGUUAGAGAGAACUCGUCCUCUUUCCCUUCCGAUUCGAAUAGAAACUCUCACCGCCCUUUUUACCCUCUCUCUCCUCCAUACCCCGAUACAAUGUAAUAACCGUAAUCUCGUAACGAAACGGAAAUAGAAGAAAAGAUGCGAAAUCGUAACCUUAAGGAAAAAAAAAAGGAAAAAAAAAAAGAAAAAAAAGAAAGAAAGAAAGAGAGAAAGAAUGAAAAAAAAAAAAAAAGAAAGGAUUUUGAUGACGCUACGAAGGGCAUUUUUUUUAACGCAUCUCUAUUAAACGACCGGCGCCGGUCGACACGGAGCCUUUUUUUUCUCUUAGGUUUAAAUAAGGAAAACCAAGUCCCCUCUUUUCCAUGAUGAUCCACACAACCCCCCCCCCACCCCCCCGUCCCCCCACAGCGUCGUGUUAAACGAAGAUCAAAAAAAAAAAAAAAAAAAAAAAAAGGAAGAAAAAAAGGAAAAAAAAAAAAUAAAGAGGAAAGAAAUAAAAAGGGAAUCUUUUACGUCCGCGUGAUCUCGAACAGAGAAUUCGCGCGUGCAUUUUCGUUCGACUCACGAUCGAUUGUACCGUCUUUUUCGUGAUGUCGGGGAUGAGAAAUGUUCUUGGCAAGCUUCUCCUCCAAUUACAACGAUGAAUAUGUUCUCGUUGAUUUUAAUCUACAUUUCGGUCCAUUUCUCUCUGCUAUCGGUAUUUAUUUCACAAUGUUGACGAAGGGAAUUCGACGAUGGAAUUACAAAUUAUCCUUAAAUUCUAAAGAGAUUUUCAUUUUGUGUAUAGUUUUUUUUUUUUUUUUAUAUUUAUUUCGAAUUGGCAUCAACGUGGAUAAUAAAUUAUUCGCUUUUUUUUCGUCAGUUCGUGUUCGAACAGUUCAUAUGGAAGCGGCACGGAACAUUUUUUCAUUAUACUCCGAGAUCGAUUUAUGUAAUAAGAAUAACACACGAGAAACAGGCAACAAAAAAAAACAGAGAAACAUACAUAAAUACAUAUACAUACAUACAUAUACACACACGAAAUGCGUGAGAGGGAGAGAAAAUUGGUGUGUUUAGCGUGUGUAUCUCUGUGUGUGUAUGUGGAACGCGUGUCGAGGGAAGAAAGUUUCGUAAUUGUGAAUUGGUCGAGAAUUGGUUGAGAAAAAAAAAAGAAAAUCGAGACAGA